AUGUCGUCCGGCUGGCCGAGCGGCGGCGGCGGCGGCGGGCCGAGCGACCGCCAGAUCAUCGCGGCAGAGCUCAACCGCCGCAACCACCUCGGCCUCACGGUCCUGCACCUCGCCGUCGUCGAGGACGACCCGUGGGCGCUCGACUGGGUCGAGCUCCUCCUCAGCACGCCGGGCCUCCAGGUCAACGCGACCGACGCCGAGAGCGGGUGGAGCGCGCUGCACAGGGCGCUGUACGCCGGGAACAUCCCGGCCGCACGCCUCCUUCUUCAACGCGACGACACCGACACGCGCCUCAAGGACCGCGAGGGCCUCACGCCGUUCGACGUGUACAACUCGACCGUCGACGGCACCAACCCGCUCUCGUCGUCGCCCCUGUCGACGCACCCGCUCAACCCGGGCCGUAUCGAGCUCCUGUCGUGGGGCAGCAACCGCAACUACACGCUCGGGUUCGCGUCCGACUCGGAGCGCCACACGCCCGAGCGCGUCGCGCUCCGCCGCGAGGAGGGCGCGCGCGGCCUCGCCGCGUUCGAGCCGCUCCGGGUCAAGGACGUCAACAUGGCGCGGCUCCACACGGCCAUCGUCACCGACGAGAAGAGCAACAACAUUCGGCUGUGCGGCUACGGCACCGGCGGACGGCUCGGCCCGACCAACCAGACGCAGUUCACGUUCGCGCCGUUGCGAGACUUUCCGCAGCAGGUCUCGUCGGUCGUGCUCUCUCCCGACCAUACCGUCGUCAUCACGACCGCCGGCGACGUCUACACGUUCGGCCUCAACCGGUUCUCGCAGCUCGGGUACACGCUCGACACGCUGGGCCCGUCGCCCUUCUCCAAGUCGAACGAGGACGACCCGAUCCAGGCGACGCCUCGUCGAGUCGUCGGCGCGCUCAAGAAGGAGGUCGUCAUCGGCGCCGCCGCGUCGCGUACGCACACGGUCGUGUUCACGGCCGACUCGCUGUUCGCGUGGGGCACCAACCGCGGCCAGCUCGGGUUCCCCAUCGCGGGCAACCCGGUGCAGGUCCUCCCGCGCAAGGUGACGCUCGGCAUCACGCAGCCCGUGCGCCAGCUCACGGCGACCGAGAACGCGACGGCGUGCCUGCUCGAGAGCCGCGACGUCGUCGUCCUGUACCACGAGGCGUACGUCAAGGUCGCGUUCCCGCUCGACCCGUUCCCGCGCCACAUGAUGGCCUUCCGCCCGACCGCGACCGACGCCAAGCCCUCGAUCAGCAAGCUCGCCGCCUGCGGCAACACGUUCGCCGCAUUGUCGAGCCUCGGCGACGUGUUCACGUUCCAGCUCGACUCGGGUACGGCGUCGGCCAUGCCCACCUCGUCGUCGACGUCGUCGUCGUCGACUGGAGCGGCGGCGGCAUUCGCGGGCACGAGCGGCGACGGUACGGCAUCGCCCGGGCGCGGCGCACGGUUCGCGCCCAAGCCGACGCGCAUCUGGACGCUCCGGCGCAGCUUCACGUCGGUCACAGACGUCGGCGUCGGCAUCGACGGCACCAUCAUCAUCUGCACCGUGUCGGGCCACGUCUUUAUCCGGUCGCGCAAGUUCGACAGCACGUCGGCCAAGUCGGGCCUGUCGCUCUCGCUCGGCCUCGACUCGUCGUCGUCGCCGUCGGGCUCGUCGUCGUCGGCCGCCGGUUCGGGCGAGCGCAAGGGCGGCUGGAAGUUCUCGCGCGUCCCGUACCUGCAGCGUGUCAUCAAGGUGGCGGCCAACUCGACCGGCGGGUUCGCCGCCUUGCGCGCCGACGUGCCCUUGCGGUUCAUCGACCUCGACGGCCCGUCGCUCGCCGUCGACCUCCUCGCGCUCCUGCCGCACUGGGAGCGCGUCGGCCCGCCGCCACCGCCUCCCGCUCGGCCGCAGCGGCCUCAGCAGGACGACGACGACGACGACGACGAUGACGACACGGACGCCGUCAUCGAGCGCGACAUUGCCGUCGCGACCAAGCUCAUGGAGGUCUUGCGCCGGUGGGACCUCACGUGGGAGACGAGCGAGAACGGCACCGACGCCGUCAUCAACGUCGGCGUGCGCUCGAUCCCGGUCCACAAGACGGUCCUCGCCGCGCGCAGCCCGGUCCUCGCCCGCCACUUUGCGACGCACCGCCAGCUCGAGCUCGAGUGCUCGGGCCUCGCGGCGCUCCUCGUCGUGCACUACCUGUACUCGGACGACUUUCCCGCCGUGUGGGACUCGCGCGUCGGACUGCCGCUCCGCAAGGCCCUGUCGCAGGCCGAGUCGAACCAGCUCGACGUCGGCGCCGUCAAGCUCGAGUUGCGCACCCUCGCCAAGGCGCUCGAGCUCGACGCCCUGUCGCAGGCCCUCGAGCGCCAGGUCAAGACGGUCCCGGCGCCGACGCUCGCGAGCUCGUUCACGGACCUCCUCGCCGCGAGCGUCUCGCCCAAGGUCGCCUCGACGCUCCCGGCCUCGCUCAAGCCCGACGUCGUCCUUCGACUCGCCGACCGCGAGGUGCGCGCCCACUCGGUCGUCCUGCGCGCCCGGUGCGCCUUCUUCGCCACGUUCUUCGCCGACCCGGACUGGCACCGCGCUCGGCGAUCGUCGUCGGGCGUCGUCACGUUCGACUUCUCGCACCUCGAGUGGGACGUCGUCAGCCUCGUCCUCGAGCACGUGUACCGCGACGCCGGCAUGAGCUUGUUCCAGGCCGUCGAGCGCGACUCGGCCGACGAGUACGUCGACUUUGCGGUCCGGGUCCUCGCCGCCGCCAACGAGCUCCUCCUCGACAAGCUCAAGCAGGUGUGCUCGGCCGUCUUGCGCAGCUUCGUGACGCUGCACAACGUGUGCUCGAUCCUGUGCGACGCCGCCUUUUACGAGGCGCACGACCUGAGCCGAGCGUGCAUGCACUUCCUCGCGUCGUCGAUGGAGACGGCCCUCGAGACGUACCUCCUCGACGACCUCCCGCACGACCUCCUCCGGGCCCUCACCGCCUUCGUCCGCGAGCGCCAGGGCGCCAAGAUGCCCGUGUCGCGGUCCAACCUCCUCUUCCAGGAGCUCCUCCCGCGUCACCAGGAGUUCUACGACUCGCUCGACGUCGGCCGACCGACCGGCGCCGCUAAGCGGUACCGCCCCGCCACCGUCCCUCCCUCUCCUCGCCCUUCCCCGUCCAUGCUCUCGCCCGGCACGUCGCCUCAGCUCGCGCCGACCAAGUCGCCGCGCAUGCGCCCGAGCGUCGGCCCGUCGGCGUCGCCCAACCUGAGCCCGUCGCUCCCCGCCGCGAGCUUUAUGCCGCUCGGCUCGCCUCCGCCGAUGCGCCUGCAGCCGUGGCAGGCCGCCGUCGUCGAGCCGGCAGCGCCGCUCGACCUGCGCAGCAUCAUGGCGAGCGAGUCGGCGGCGACGCCGCCUAGACGAGCGAGCGCGGGUCCGAGCGGGGCCAAGCCGCCGUCGUCGGCUCCGAGCGGCCUCACGACGUCCUCGCCCUCAUGGCGACCUGUCGUGCCGCAGCGCACGUCGUCGCUCGCGAGCAUCCAGGAGCAGCAGCAGGCGUUGCUCGCGCGCCGGCCGUCCGCUCAACCCGUCCCGUCGGCGUCGGGCUCGACCAGCGUCCGCAGCCCACCUCCCGCCGCGCCGCCGACGCCCUCGCGCUUGGCAUCGACUGCGCCAGUCGCAGCGUCGCCCGGCGUGCCGCUCGGCCCCGUCUUUACGCCGUCGCGGCUGCCGUCGGGCUCCAAGGCGUCGCCGAGCCCGCGCACGCCUUUUGGCGGCUCCGACACGCCGUGGCAGAACUACGACCGCAUGGCGCCCUCGCCGACGCCUCCUCCUGCACCUGUCGCCGUCGUCGCGUCGUCGCCGACCGACCCGUUCGCGCGCCCGACCGCGUCGUCGUUCGCGGCGAUCCAGAGUGAGCAGCGGGCUCAGGUCGCCGCCGUCAACGCGCACAAGGCCAAGCGGUCGCUCGCCGAGGUCAUGGCGCAGGAGCAGGCCGACGCGCUGCGGCGCGAGCAGGAGCUCAAGGAGGAGAAGGAGUUCCUGAGCUGGUUCGAGGAGGAGAGCAAGCGGGUCAAGCAGGAGCAGCUCGCGGCGGCCAAGGCCCUCCCGUUCACGCCCGGCGCGUCGGCCCCGUCCUCGGGCACGUCGACGCCGAAGCGCUCGGGCGGCGGCGGUGGCGCAGCAGGUGGGCGAGGCGGAGGAGGCGGGCGAGGGAAGGGCAAGGGUCGAGGAGGCGGAGCAGCCGGCGGGCACGGCGUUACCUCGCCGCCGCCGCCUCGUGUAUCUGUUUAGCAGGCAUGGUAUUGUCUUCUCUUCGAGCAUGUCGUUGUUCCUGGCCCUGGUCGGCGUAGACGUCGACUCGUUCUCUCCUCGAAUCGCAAUGGAGCGGUGUCGCGAUUCUCGGUCUCGC